CUUCUUUCAGCACCUCGGAUGUGACGUAACUGGCAGCUAGCUCGGUAGAGAGAGUUAACUGCAUGUUUCGACGAACAUCUGAUUGAUAGUUAACAUUUAAACGUAAAAGUGAAUCCUUUCGUUACUAUUUGUUAAAACUCACACAAAUGGCUUACCCGGGAUAUGGAGGGUAUGGGGGUCCAAUGCCAGGCAUGCCACAGCAGGGCAUGGCUAUGGGGGGGCCUAUGGCAGGGCACAUGGGGGGGCCACCUCCAGCAGGCUACCCCCAGUAUGGAGGGGGCUACCCAGGAACAUUUGGGGCCCCUCAGCAACAAGCAGAUCCCAUGUAUGGGUACUUCACAGCCAUAGCAGGCCAGGAUGGAGAGGUGGAUGCUGAGGAGCUGCAGAGGUGCUUGACUCAGACAGGCAUCAGCGGUAGCUACAACCCUUUCAGCCUGGACACCUGCAGAAUCAUGAUCGCCAUGUUGGACAGGGACAUGACAGGAAAGAUGGGAUUCAACGAGUUUAAGGAGCUCUUCGCUGCUCUGAAUGGGUGGAAGCAGAACUUCAUGAUGUUCGACCAGGACAGGAGUGGGACUGUGGAGCCGCAGGAGAUGGCCCAGUCCAUGUCCGCUAUGGGGUAUCGGGUGAGUCCACAAGCGCUGAACGGCAUCAUCAAGCGCUACAGCAGAGGAGGUCGGAUCUACUUUGACGACUAUGUGGCGUGUUGUGUGCGGCUCCGCGCUCUCACAGAGAGCUUUCGGAGGAGAGACACCAUGCAACAUGGGGCGGUCAACUUCCAGUAUGAUGAUUUUAUCCAGUGCACGAUGUCCAUCUGAGAGCUUGCGUCAAAGACUGUAGGGUUGGAGGUGAGACUGCCAGCCAGUCUAGUAACCAUGACCACCACAGAAGGGAAAGGGGAGAACCAAUCACUGUUAGCCUAUUUACCACUAUUAGGGUUUGAAGGUCGACUGAGUAUAAACGACUUGGGUGGAGCCACACCAGAGAAGAGCCGCAUCUUUGCUUGCCUGCCUUGUUAUCUUGUAUGCAAUGGAAGAAUAUCGUGAAGAUCUGGCCCUCAAGGGCGGACUGAUCGUCUGUAGAGCUUGUUGUCAAUUCUGUUGCCAGUGAAACUCAAGCAUAAAGAAAACAGUGGUGAGGGUUUGGAAAUGUGCUGAAAAAGGUGAGGUGAUGUGCCAUAACAAUCUUUCUGAUAUUUAUUCCCUCACCUGUUACCUCCUAUUUUAUAUAACAAUAUAAAAACUGUAGUAUCAACCAUAUAUGCAUCUUGUGUCAAAUCAAUUUAGUAAAUAGUUCAUAUAUAAAUACGAUAGAUAUAUUUUGUAAAAUAUAUAAUGCUAUGCAUUUUUUUUUUUUUUUUUAAGUAUGCUUUGCAUUAUGUUUGUAGUGGUUCUUCGGAGGCCUUUCAUUGUUGUUAGUUUGCCAGAAAAAGAAAACUUUCCAUACAUGGGUAAAUGAAUUUUUAAAUUUUGACUCUUUUUUCGAGUGCAUCCAUGGGCAUGUGCUAACCGGAUAACUGAUUUUACAUUUUUAUUUUGUUAAUAACUAAGCCAGUUGUUACUCAGGCAAAGUAUCACUGUAAACCAUAUAGAACCAUGCAGUAUACUUUACUAUGUUGUGUGUGGUAAAGUUACUGUGGAUUGAAAAGGUUGUUUUAUAAUUACAGUAGUGUUAGCUUUGCUGUACGAUGGCUCUGUGAAAAUGAGAGCUAUAUUUGUUGAGAAGUUAUUAGAUUGAGUUACUAAUGUUCUUGCCAAUGUUGGUUUUGGUUGCAGUAAAAUCAUGACACAAUAAACACUUUGUAUUGAGUGUG